AUGAAUGAGAUCAUCUUGUUUCAAGCUGAAAAAGGAGGGAGAUUCAAAGCAAAAUAUUUCUACACCUCCUUGAUCAAGGAUGAAAAGGUCGAGUAUUGCUCAAACGUUUGGAACAAGCUUGUCAUCCCAAAGCACAGGUACACUUACUGGAAAGCUAUAAACAACUUGCUUUUAACAAGAAACCACUUGAUCAGAUUUAUCUGCAUUUCUUCAUCUCUUUGUCCGGUUUGUGAGAUUGAAGAGGAAUCUCAUGAUCAUCUUUUCAUGGAGUGUAUCUUCACUAAGAAAGUUGUUGAAGAUAUUUACUCUUGGCUGGGAUUUGUGAAUUGGCCGAAGACUAGACUUGAUCUAGUUGAUUGGUGCUCGAAACCAUCUUUGGGGCUGAAGGAAAAAGUGAUAAACACCGUUAUUGCCUCAACGAUUUAUAUAAUUUGGAAGAAUCGUAAUAGAUGUGUAUUUGAUAAUUGUUGUAGCUUGGUCAAUGUGGUUAGUAAGGAGAUUAAAUUUCUUGUUAAGUGGCGUAUUUUGAGGGUAAUUACCAAUGUAAAAAAGGAUGAUAAUUAUAUAAUUCGUGUUGUAGAAAGCUGGUAG